GUCCCGGCUUCCAUACAUGGUCAAGGCUCUGCUUCCAACUCCCUGACGUCCCCCUUGUCCCCCGCCCCCACCGGACACGGCCCCCGCCCUGCUAGCCCCGUUCUGUCCGCCCGCGCACCGCCAUGGAGGACCUUGAUGCCCUGCUCUCUGACCUGGAGACCACCACUUCACACAUGUCACGGUCAGGGGCUCCAAAAGAGCGCCCCCCAGAGACACUCACACCUCCCCCACCCUAUGGCCACCAGCCACAGUCAGGAUCUGGAGAAUCUCCAGGAGCCUCUGGGGACAAGGACCAUCUAUACAGCACAGUAUGCAAGCCCCGGUCCCCAAAGCCUGUGGCCUCUGUGGCCCCGCCAUUCUCCUCUUCCAGUGGUGUCUUGGGCAAUGGGCUCUGUGAGCUAGACCGUUUGCUUCAGGAACUUAAUGCCACCCAAUUCAACAUUACAGAUGAAAUAAUGUCUCAGUUCCCAUCCAGCAAGGUGACUGAAGGGGAACAGAAGGAGGAACAAUCUGAAGAUAAGAACAGACCCACCACUCCUUCCAGCCCAUUUCCUGUCCUCUCAAAGCCUUCAGCCACCUCGGCCACUCUGGAGCUAGAUAGACUGAUGGCAUCACUCUCUGACUUCCGUGUCCAGAACCAUCUUCCAGCCUCAGGGCCAGCCCAGCCACCAGUGGUGAGCUCCACCAGUGAAGGCUCCCCAUCCCCACCAGGACCAGCUAGCAAGGGCAGCCUGGACACCAUGCUGGGGCUGCUGCAAUCUGACCUCAGCCGCCGUGGUGUUCCCACUCAGGCCAAGGGCCUUUGUGGCUCCUGCAGUAAACCUAUUGCUGGUCAAGUGGUGACGGCUCUGGGCCAAGCCUGGCACCCUGAGCACUUCCUUUGCAGCGGUUGUUCCAGAACUCUGGGAGGCAGCAGUUUCUUUGAGAAGGAUGGGACUCCCUUUUGUCCCGAGUGCUACUUUGAGCGCUUCUCCCCACGAUGUGGCUUCUGCAACCAACCCAUCCGGCAUAAAAUGGUUACCGCCUUGGGGACCCACUGGCACCCAGAACAUUUCUGCUGCGUUAGCUGCGGAGAGCCCUUUGGAGAUGAGGGUUUCCACGAGCGCGAGGGCCGCCCAUACUGCCGCCGGGACUUCCUGCAGCUGUUCGCUCCUCGCUGCCAGGGCUGCCAAGGGCCCAUUUUGGAUAACUACAUCUCGGCACUCAGCGCGCUCUGGCACCCUGACUGCUUCGUCUGCAGGGAAUGCCUCGCGCCCUUCUCGGGAGGCAGCUUUUUUGAGCACGAGGGUCGCCCUCUGUGCGAAAACCAUUUCCACGCCCAGCGUGGUUCUCUGUGCGCCACGUGUGGGCUCCCAGUGACAGGCCGCUGCGUGUCAGCCCUGGGCCGCCGCUUCCACCCAGAUCACUUCACUUGCACCUUCUGCCUGCGCCCACUCACCAAAGGCUCUUUCCAGGAGCGUGCCAGCAAGCCUUACUGCCAGCCUUGCUUCCUGAAGCUUUUCGGCUGACCUCCUGUUGGGUGCAUGGACCCGGAAAGCCAUGUCUCCAAAGACCCCUCUUGCUGAAAAAGGACCUCCAGAUCCCUAGGUCUUGCUCUUUGAGCUAGGGCUGCCUGAAACACCGGAACACGCCCCCGCCCCCUUGGCCUCUGCUGCCCUUCAUCGCCCUGGGCCAUUGUGAUCCCACCCAUUGGAGAGACCUGACCCCCCCUCCCCCAGGGUACUCUUUUGCUCUGGUUUGUCAAGCUCAGAAAAGGGCUAACAAGACCUAAAAAACCACAAGUAGAAAGUAUCUUUCACUGUGACCAAGGCAGGCCUUUGCUAUAGUCACAGCCUUCAAGGAGCCUCCUAAAUAGAAGAGGGUCCUUGUAAUUCAAACCAGUCAGGCCAGGGUCUCCCUGUUCCCUCACUGUUCUGUACACUUUCUUCUACAAACAUAAAAACACAUUCCACAUCUCA